AUGGGGGGUCGCCGUUCUGCCUGGGUCCGGAACUGGGCAGUCUGGAAGUAUUUCCGAGACUACUUCCCCGUCACGCUGGUUAAAACGGCCGCGUUGGAUCCAUCCCAAAACUACCUGUUUGGUUUCCACCCUCACGGGGUCCUGGUUGUUGGGGCCUUCAGCAACUUCUGUACGGAGGCCACAGGCUUCUCUCGCCUCUUUCCGGGUCUCAAGCCACAUUUACUCAUGCUGCCGUGUUGGUUCCAAGUGCCUCUCUUCCGAGAUUACAUCAUGACCAGUGGUUUAGUCUCUUCUGACAAGGCUAGCGCUUCCUAUCUCUUGUCCCACCCCGAGGGUGGCCAGGUGGCUGUCCUGGCUGUGGGAGGUCCCCUGGAGGCUUUGGAGGCAAAGCCUGGAACAGUGAGUUUGCGACUCCGGAAUCAGAAAGGAUUCAUUAAAUUAUCACUGGAACACGGGGCCUGGCUGGUGCCGGUUUUCUCCUUUGGAGAGAAUGAGCUCUUCCGCCAGUAUCCCAACCCGCCAGGCUCCUGGGUGCGGAGGGUGCAGGAAGGUCUUCAGAGGAUACUGAGUGUGGCCCUGCCUCUCUUCCAUGGUCGCCUGGGUCUCCUGAUACCCUUCCGUGUGCCCAUCCACACUGUGGUGGGUGCCCCAAUUCCAGUCCAGCGAAGCCCGAGGCCCAGCCGGGAACAGGUGGACCAGUUGCACGCGUUGUAUAUAGAGCGGCUCACCCAACUGUUUGAGGAACACAAGACCCUAUAUGGUGUCCCUGCUGAUCAACACCUUGUUCUCACCUAG